AUGCCUCCCAAAUCCGCCGUUACCAACUCCGGCAUACGGCAAACGAGCAAUGGCGAGUCUGUGAUCCCAUCUUCCACUCGAGCGGAUGGUUCAGUGCGCAAGGAAAUACGGGUCAAGCCAGGCUACAAGCCGCCGGAGGACGUCGAAGUCUACAAGAACCGCACCGCUGAGGCGUGGAAGAACAGAGGGAAGGGCGGUGUGCCAGGUGCUGAGACCGUCACAUCCCAGCCAACACUGAGUGCUGCAGCGAACAAGAAUGCGAAAAGGAGGGAGGCGAGGAAGAAAGCUGGGGCAGCUGCAGUGGAUGGCAAGACUGGCGACGGUGAGGAUGGGGACGGUAUCAAGGCAGUGGAUGGGGUCACCGGCGAAACCAAUGGCAAAACUUCAGAACCCAAGCAGGAGGAGAUUGAUCCAGAGGCUGAGAAGGCAAAGGAGGCCAGGAAGCUUGCCAAGAAGUUGCGACAGGCGCGAGAACUGCAAGAGAAGAAGGAUCAAGGCAGCAGCCUCCUCCCAGAGCAGUUGGAGAAGGUCAUCAAGAUCAACGAGCUUGUGCGUCAGCUGGACGGUCUAGGCUUUGAUGCUGAAGACUAUGCCGCCGUCUACCACCCAGAUCAUCGCACAGUCACUAUCAGGAGCACGCCCCUCCCCUUCAUCGUCUCGAAUAAGCCGUAUUCGUUCUCGGACCGAAAAUGCACGUCGUCCAACAGUGCCUCCACGACCAUCGGUGACCGGAUCGUGCUCGUGCCUGGAUCGGUAUGUGGCGCCUUGCUCUGCUUGCGAGAGAAGAAAGAUGGUCGUGAAGGAGGUGAAAUUGGCAGAGAAGGUAACGGCUGCUCUGCUGCUCGAUGA